UGGAAAUCUAUAACACAAUUCUAAGAUACCGAAUUUCCGGUAGAUUUACCUCGAGUUCGAAUAUUCAGGAUGAGUUAUUUGAAUCGGGUUUGGAUGGCGACGAGCGUGGCGGUGGUGAAUGGCCACGCCGAUCAGGGAUGCAAGUGGAAGUCCGGCGCCCGACCUUUUCAGAUCGGUAAGAGGAGGUUCUCCUCCGGCGGGGAUUCGGCGGAUAUCCGACCGGUCUCUGGCGCAGGUGACCCAGAUCUCGGCGGAUUCGUCGGGAACAGAGAGGAGAGGCGGACACAAGCCGAUGAGUCUCUCCGGCAAGUGAUGUACUUCAAUUGCUGGGGUCAGAGCUGAGAUCCGGAGUGGAGUUGACCAGGAAAUGGAGUUUUCGACGGGAUCCGCUGGCCGGAGAUGGAGAACGAGCUGACUCGGCAGUGAGAGAUGCUGAGUCGGACGAGGCGAGUUAUUGGGGAGUUGAAACUUGAAAUUGUUGGGAGGGGGAGGUGUUGGUAUGUAAAUUGUACAUAGACGAAGGGGUUUUCGGAAAAAAUUUCUUGUAAAUAUGCAGAAGAAAUAAAAUAAAAAACCCCCCAAAAAAACCGAAAGAGGCAGUUGUUUAUCUUCGAUAAUCCGCGAGUAACAAUGGAAUGAAUUGAUGAACAUAUGAAAUUAUCUUUAUGUGGGGGCAGUUCCAUUCCAUUCCUUGCUGAGGCCGAGCCAAUAAUUGUAGCUAUAAAGGAAUUAAAGGCUUGCUUUGAAGAAGUUCAAUUUGCUGCUUGUAUUCUUCCUAGGGAAGAUUCGAAAUUCAAGAAACAUAAGAACAAUUUAGCCAUGGUCUUCUGGAGUUAGUCGGCUUACCAAUAAAUCAGAGGAAAGGAAAUAUUCUUUGUAUAAGUUUUAUGAGUAUCGAUCGUGAAGUUCUAGGUACUACUGGGGUUUGUUUGCGGUGCUGAUCUUUUCGUUUAGGGGAUUCUAUACUCUGGUUUUAACGUCUUCUCAGGUCGUCUUUGAAGUUAGGGUUCUGAAUUUUCGGCUCUUCUUUUAUUGUUGUUAGUGUAAGAUAUGUUUGGUCGUCGAGGGGAAAGAGACGGAGUGGAAAAAUAUCAGCAAAAGUAAAAAAUUAUGGUCUUUUAUUUUCUUCUUAA